AUGUCAGCUGUUAAUGAUUUUGACAUGGAGGAGCCUUUAACCUCUACUACCCGUCCAGAUACACAAGCCAUCAUCACCGUGAGAAUUAUCAAGUCUUUCCCUUACAGAAAUGUCAAAAAUUACGUAAUUCAUGGUAUUGAUCUCACCACUACCACCGUCAAUUCUUUAAAAGAACAAGUUAUUGAAAUGAUUCAAAAAACUGGGGCUUAUAGACCAUAUAGAAAUGUUAACUAUGACACUUUGAAGAUUUAUACCAAAGCCCAUGGUUCCAAGACUAUGAAUCUUGUGAUAAAUAUGAACGAUGAUGAAGACACAUUACUUAUUGAUGGCGAUAAGCUCUUAAAAGACUGUGGCAUUGAAAAUGAGACUGAAUUAUCUUUGUUUAAUAUGGAUGAUUAUUUGAAAUUUAAGGAAAAUCCUGAAGAAAAAUGGUAA